GCGCGGAGAGUUCGCUUGUUGUGGAGUCGCCACGCAUUGCCCUUUGCUAUUGAUCUUCCUGCUUUCGAAGCGGGAACGAGUGGGCUCUGGCUGUCCGAUCCCGGCCAGCGUUGAAUCUGCGCGUCGCCGGACGCCGGCGCUCUUUCCCCGUCGCAUCUUGAAGAAGCGGCCCCGCGGCAUCAGGAUGACUCCCGUCAGGAGGGGACUCGCCUCGUCCCUCGCCCUGUCCUUGGUGGCCUUCAACACCCCCCCACUCACGGGGCCCCUUGCCGGGCGGGGGGGUCCCCUCGGGGCAGCGGCCGUCGACCAGAAGAAGUUUCGCAAGUGCGCCGACACCGGGUUUUGCAGGCGCAACCGAGACCGGACGUCGCCGCCCCAGACUCCGUUCCGGGUCAACCCCGAGAGCGUUCAGAGCAGCGCGGAAGGCAUCACCGCGGACAUUUGGCCAGGGGACGGAGGGAGCGCUCCCCUGUCUCUCCGCGUCCGCUUCUACGAGAACGGGGUGUGCCGCCUCAAGGUUGACGAGCAGUCCCCCGGGGGGGCCCAGAGGUGGGAGCCUCCGGACGUGUUCCUAGAGCACCAGCUGGAGGCAGCGGAGCACACGCUGCUGUCCCCGGGUGAUCCCUCUCUCCCGCCCGCCUUGCAAGAGUUGCCCGAAGGCUGGCGGGGAGUGCUGGCGGCCUACGGCAAGUAUGGCGGUAAUGUUGCCGGCGGUGGCGGCGGAAGCAGCGGGCGUUACGUGCUGAGCGUGCGGUACGAACCGUUCCAGGCGGACCUCUACGCCGGGGACGAGCUCGCUGUCUCUGCCAACAGGAGAGGGCUGAUGCACUUCGAGCAAACUCGGGGCAAGGACGACGCUGCCGCCGCGGGGGAAGGCGGUGCCGGGGGAAAGACCGUCGACCUCCACCGUGGCAAGAAGGUGAAAGACUAUGGGGAGGACGGUCUGGCGAUCUACGAGGAUGGCACGAGGGAGACACAGGAAGAGCACAGUAGGCUCCUCGAGGAAGCAGAGGCGGCCAGGCAGGGCAAGGACGAGAGCGGGUUGGGUCUUUGGGAGGAGAGCUUCGACGGACAUCCCGACAGCAAGCCCGACGGUCCCACGAGCGUGGGCAUGGACGUCUACUUCCCAGGUUCCGACCACGUCUACGGCAUCCCGGAGCACGCGGCCUCGAUGUCCCUCAAGACGACGACCACCACCACCACCCCCGACGGAGAAAUCGCGGCGCCCCCGCACUUCUCCGAGCCGUACCGGCUGUACACCCUCGACGUGUUCGAGUACGAGCUGGACUCGUCGGCCGCUCUGUACGGAGCGAUACCCGUCAUGCUGGGGCACCGCAGAGGGCAAACCGCGGGGGUGUUCUGGUUCAACCCCACGGAGACUUUCGUCGACGUAGAACAAGGCGGCGCUGGGGAGGGCAAGCGGGCGCGGUGGAUCAGCGAGGGAGGCGCUCUCGACCUCGUUCUGCUGCCGGGGCCCACGCCCGGCGCGGUGUUCAAGCAGUACGCCGAGGUUACGGGCAAGCCGGAGCUACCCCCCAUGUUCAGCCUGGGUUUCCACCAGUGCCGAUGGAACUACCGCGACGAGCAGGAUGUGCUGUCGGUCGACGCCGGCUUCGAGGAGCGCGACUUCCCGUACGACGUGAUCUGGUUGGACAUCGAGCACACGGACGGCAAGCGGUACUUCACCUGGGACAAGGGCCUCUUCCCGGACCCGAAGAGGAUGAUCGACAAGGUGGCGGCCCACGGUAGACGGAUGGUGACGAUCGUCGACCCGCACAUCAAGCGAGACGGCAAGUACGCCGUGCACAAGGAGGCCACCGCCAAGGGCCUCUACAUCAAGGACAAGGACGGUAAUGAUUUCGACGGGUGGUGCUGGCCGGGGCAGUCUAGCUACCUCGACUUCACGGACGAGGGCGUGAGGGAGUGGUGGGCUUCCAGGUUCGCCCUCGAGGAGUACGAGGGCAGCACGCUCGACCUUUACACGUGGAACGACAUGAACGAGCCCAGCGUCUUCAACGGCCCGGAGGUCUCCAUGAAGAAAGACUGCCUGAGCCUCGCGGGCAUCGAGCACCGGCACUGGCACAACACGUACGGCAUGUACAUGCAGAGGGCCACCGCCGAGGGACUGGAACUCCCUCGGAGGGGGAACGCCAGGGGAGGGGGGGGCGGGG